UUUCAUUCUCAGCAUACCCUCUUUCUUCUGUAACACUAAAUUGUUUCUUUAUUAUACAACAUUAAUUAUCAAUUAAUUAAUCUCAAUAAUUUACACCACAAAAACCCAAUUUAAUUCCUGUUAAGUAGCUCACAACCUCAGGAGUUCCGCCCCCUCUCUUAUACCCUGCAUUCAUUCAACUAUCUCUUUCAUCUUUUCUCUUUUCUCCAAUUCAUCAAUAAUGGCGACCAUGAAUCUUACGCCGCAAAUGUCAAUGCUGAAAUCCGACGUCGUUUCUGAUCGUCGUUUAUCUUCUGCUAAAAAUGUCAGCGAAGUUUUCUUCAAAGGAAGUCGUUCUACCAACAAUGCUAGGAUUCUAACCAUUAGAAGCGCAAAACGAUGUUUUUCGAAGAAGUCCUUCACUGUUCGAUCUGUUAAAAGUACUGAACCUGCUACUAGUCUCGAUUCUCCCAACGGCCCUAUCUCCCCUGGUCCAUUUGUGCUGCAAUCUGUUGAUUUACUUUCGGAUGCACCGAAAUCUAAUGCUUGGCGAAAAACUAAAAUUGUUUGUACGAUUGGUCCUUCGACGAGUAGUCGUGAAAUGAUAUGGAAACUAGCUGAGGAAGGAAUGAAUGUGGCGCGAUUAAAUAUGUCACAUGGUGACCAUGCUUCUCAUAAGAAAACCAUUGAUUUGGUUAGAGAAUACAAUGCUCACUUUGAUGGCAAGGUUAUUUCUAUAAUGUUGGAUACUAAGGGUCCUGAGGUUAGAAGUGGAGAUGUACCUCAACCUAUCUUACUAGAAGAGGGGCAAGAAUUCAAUUUUACUAUCAAAAGAGGAGUAAGCACACAAAAUACUGUCAGUGUCAAUUAUGAUAAUUUUGUGAAUGAUGUAGGGGCUGGAGAUAUACUUCUGGUUGAUGGUGGAAUGAUAUCACUUGUUGUGAAAUCCAAGACAGAAGACACCGUAAAAUGCCAGGUAAUUGAUGGUGGGGAGCUCAAAUCUAGGCGGCAUUUGAAUGUGCGUGGUAAAAGUGCAAAUCUCCCAUCGAUAACAGACAAAGAUUGGGAGGACAUUAAAUUUGGGGUUGAGAAUCAAGUUGAUUUCUAUGCUGUUUCGUUUGUGAAGAAUGAAAAAGUUGUUAUUGAGUUGAAAAAUUACCUUAAAAGUUGCAAUGCUGAUAUUGAUGUUAUAGUGAAGAUUGAAAGUGCAGAUUCAAUACCAAACCUUCAAGCUAUAAUUACAGCAUCAGAUGGGGCAAUGGUUGCUCGUGGGGAUCUUGGAGCUGAGCUUCCUAUUGAAGAUGUGCCUAUAUAUCAGGAGGAAAUCAUUAAUUGGUGUCACAGCAUGCAGAAACCAGUUAUAGUCGCAACUAAUAUGCUUGAAAGCAUGAUUGAUCAUCCGACACCCACCAGGGCAGAGGUUUCUGACAUUGCAAUUGCUGUUAGAGAAGGUUCUGAUGCAGUUAUGCUGUCUGGAGAAACUGCUCAUGGAAAGUACCCAUUGAAGGCUGUUAAGGUGAUGCAUUCUGUGGCACUAAGGAUGGAGUCAAGUUUGAAACCAACAAAUGAUUCUCCUCCUGUACCAUCUAGUAUAUACAAGAGCCAUAUGGGCGUGAUGUUUGCUUUCCAUGCAACUACCAUGGCCAACACUCUUGGCACUCCAGUCAUUGUAUUUACAAAAACAGGAUCAAUGGCUAUUCAUCUAAGCCAUUUUCGGCCGUCUUCUACAAUCUUUGCCUUCACUAAUGAACAAAGGGUAAAGCAGAAGCUCUCUAUAUAUCAUGGGGUGAUGCCCAUUUAUAUGGAAUUUUCAGAUGAUGCAGAGGAAACAUUCUCUCGGGCCCUAAAGAUGUUGACUAGCAAGGCAUUAGUAAAGGAGGGACAACAUGUUACUCUGGUCCAAAGUGGAGCACAACCAAUCUGGCGUCAAGAAUCCAGUCAUCACAUACAAGUCCGUAAAGUUCAAGGCUAAUUUGUUCAAUACACAUGUUUGUUACAUGCUGCUGGAAAUUUUGGAGGCACUGGAUCUAGAUAGUGUAAGGUCUAAUUUAUCUAAUAAUGACAAUGCUUUUAGUUAUUUUAGUUGUUGUAGUCCAUGUAUGCAUCAGUUUUUUUUUCAUACUUAGGUUUCAAAGGAACCUGUACAUUGCAAAAACUUCAUUAGCUUUUGGUUGAUUGUUUUGCUUUUGAUUUAGAAUGUUAAGGUGCUGCCUUAUUAUACUAUACAAGUAUACAGCCUUAGCUUGGUUAUCUAUAAAUUUCUUGUAAGCACUGUCACAAUUAUUGGGUUUUUUUUUGGUAACUGUUUUGCCGCUAUUUUCUUACUAGUGCCUUAAAGCUUAUGGUUAUACCUGAAUGAACUUCUGUGGGCAUGGUCUGCAGUGUUCAUUUUUGUUCAUAUAUUUGGGUCGGGGCAGUGGCAACUGGUGAAGUGGUGAGUGGUCAAUGUUUUUGACAAUGGGAGUGGCUGACAUCUCUAAAUUUAAUGUCAGAAAGGUAAUUGAGUGAUUGGAACAGGAUCCAAUUGCUGUUAACUUUGUUGCCCUUCUAACUAAUUGUGCACUAUUGGUUCGUUGCACAAAUGAGUGGGUUUGUUCUUAGCUUGUUCUGGAGACUUUAGUUUUUCUGGUUUGUUUCCAAUGCUAGUAUACUUUGUUGCCUAAAAUGAUGACUAGAAUUUGCAACUUGGUAUACCA